ACUUUCUCUCACAUGCACGUCAGCUUCGUUAUCAAUACUAGUCGCGUAAGCCAGCUGUGUUUGACGAGACCAUCCGUAUUUGCCUUGAAUCUUCACAGAAGUUAAAGGGAUUCUAGGAUAUCAAAAUGAUAACCACUAUGAAUGCAAAGCAAAUACGACAGGCUUAUAUCGACUUCUUCAAGAGUAAAGGACAUGAAUAUGUACAUUCAAGUUCGACUAUACCCCAUGAUGAUCCGACUUUGCUCUUUACAAAUGCUGGAAUGAAUCAAUUCAAGCCGAUAUUUCUGGGUACAGUUGAUCCUAACAGUGACAUGGCAAAAUGGGUACGUGUGGUUAAUAGUCAAAAGUGCAUUAGAGCUGGUGGCAAGCAUAAUGAUCUGGACGACGUUGGUAAAGAUGUGUAUCAUCAUACAUUCUUUGAAAUGAUGGGAAAUUGGUCUUUUGGGGAUUAUUUCAAGAAAGAAAUAUGUUCUUGGGCUUGGGAAUUUUUAACAGAAAUAUUGAAGCUGCCGGGUGACAGAUUAUAUGUAACAUAUUUUGGUGGUGAUGAGAAGAAUGGAUUAGCACCUGAUGACGAGUGCAAGGAAUUAUGGCUUUCUCUUGGAAUACCCGCCUCGCAUGUUCUACCAGGAAAUAUGAAGGAUAAUUUCUGGGAAAUGGGUGAAACCGGGCCCUGCGGGCCGUGUAGUGAACUGCAUUAUGAUCGUAUCGGUGGUAGAGAAGCAGCUCAUCUUGUCAACAUGGAUGAUCCUGACGUGUUAGAAAUCUGGAACCUAGUGUUCAUUCAGUAUAACAGGGAGGCAGACGGGAAUCUUAAGUCAUUACCGAAGAAGCACAUAGACUGCGGUCUGGGUCUGGAACGAUUGGUGUCGGUGAUUCAAAAUAAACGCGCUAAUUAUGAUACUGACUUAUUUAUGCCUUUGUUUGCCGCGAUCGAGAAAGGUACAGGUGCACCACCUUAUCAAGGUAAGAUAGGGGCCGAUGAUGUUAACGGAGUCGAUAUGGCAUACAGAGUUUUGGCUGAUCAUGCUAGAACUAUCACAAUUGCUCUUGCGGAUGGUGGAAUGCCUGAUAACACCGGUAGAGGGUACGUGUUAAGAAGAAUUUUGCGUCGUGCUGUGCGCUACGCAACGGAGAAAUUGAAUGCUAAACCGGGAUUCUUCGGAUCUUUGAUAAACGUAGUUGUCGAGCUUCUCGGCGAAGUGUUCCCGGAAGUGACGAAAGAUCCGCAAAGCAUAAUCGAUAUCGUGAAUGAGGAGGAGACUCAAUUUUUAAAAACGCUAUCGCGUGGUCGCAAUUUACUGAAUCGAACGAUCGCAAAAUUGGAGUCAAACGAUACUGUGCCAGGUGAUGUCGCGUGGCGCUUAUACGACACUUACGGCUUCCCGAUAGACCUCACUCAGCUGAUGACUGAAGAGAAAGGGUUGAAAAUUGACAUGGCAGGAUAUGAAGAAUCGAAGAAGCAGGCACAGUUAAUUUCCCAAAACAAAGCGGGCGGAGUGGACGACCAGAUUAAUUUGGACGUCCAUUCCAUCACUGAACUGCAAGGGCUUGGUAUCAAGCCUACGGACGAUUCUCCCAAAUACAAUUACAAGAUAACCAGUACUACGACGUACAAGGAGUACGAGUUUGCACCGUGCACGGGCACGGUGAUCGCGCUCAGACGUGCCAAGACCUUCGUCGACGAAGUGUCUUCCGGCGAAGAAGUCGGCAUUCUGUUGGACAAGACGAACUUUUACGCGGAGCAAGGAGGACAGAUAUACGACGAAGGGUUCUUGGUGAAGGUCGAUGACGAGGCGACGGAGAUACGCGUGAAGAACGUUCAAGUUCGGGCCGGUUACGUGCUGCACAUUGGUACCGUGGGCGAGGGCACGUUGAGGAAAGGCGACAGGGUCCAUGCAAAUGUGGAUACUGCGCGGAGACGGCUCGUAAUGGCCAAUCACAGCGCCACACACGCCCUGAAUCACGCGCUCAGGAAAGUUCUGGGAACGGAGGCCGAUCAGAAAGGGUCACUGGUCGCGCCCGAUAGGCUCCGCUUUGACUUUACGAACAGAGGACCGAUGACAAUGGAGCAAGUGAAGAACACGGAGAACAUCACGAACGACAUGAUCAGGGACAACAGGAAAAUUUACGCCAAGGAGAGCAACUUGGCUCUGGCGAAAACCAUUCAGGGUCUGCGCGCGAUGUUCGAAGAGACGUAUCCUGAUCCGGUGCGUGUUGUCAGCAUGGGUGUGCCGGUCGAAGAUCUCGAGGAAGAUCCCUUAAGCCCAGCCGCCACGCAGACCAGCGUGGAAUUUUGCGGUGGCACGCAUUUGCAUUACACCGGGCACAUAGGCGACUUCGUAAUAGCCAGCGAGGAAGCUAUCGCUAAAGGCAUCAGACGCAUAGUAGCGCUCACCGGGCCCGAAGCAGCCAAGGCUCUGAAGAAGGCGACGUUGCUGCAAAAUCAAUUGACUCAGCUUCAAGCGACGAUCGAGGCCGACAAAUCUGGGGCACAUUCGAAGGAUCACGUCAAGAAGAUAGUAGAACUGACGGAGGACAUAUCGCACGCCACUAUUCCCGGGUGGAGGAAGGAUAAGAUGCGCGGGAUGUUGAAGGAAUUGAAGAAGUCUCUCGACGACAAGGAACGGGCUGCGAAGGCAGCUAUCGCCAACACGGUCGUCGAGACUGCGCAGUCUAUGAUACAGUCCAAAGUUGGGUGUCAGGUGUUAGUCGAGGUGCUGGAGGCGUACAGCAAUACGAAGGCUCUGGACUCGGCAUUGAAGAAGAUACGAGCCAUAUCGCCGGAAACUAGCGCCUUGCUCAUAAGCAUCGAUCGGGACGUCAAGAAAAUAUUCGCUCUGAGUUCCGUUCCCAAGUCCGCAGUGUCCAAAGGACUAAAGGCAAGUGAGUGGAUCCAAGCAAUUACACCUAUGAUGCAAGGUAAGGGAGGAGGAAAGGCUGAAUCUGCGCAAGCCUCCGGCGUUAAUGUAGCGUGUUUGAACGAGAUAGUAAGCAAGGCCAGUGAAUUCGCUAACCAGAAACUUGGUAUUACGGACAAUAAGACUGCCAGCGACACUUUUAAGACCUCAGAAAGUGACGAUCGAUCAUUUAACACGGAAUGCUCGUCGAAAUUGGUACUUUACGCGAACGUCGGCAGCACCAAGUGCUAUUUGGCACAAAUAAUCGCGCAGUAUAGCGGCACAUGUCUGUCCGUGAAGCAAGUUGACGAGACAAGUUCUGGUAGUGUGACGUUAAAUAUGGGCGAUAUCACGUUACGCAACGGCAAUGCUAUCGCAUUCUUUUUGUCAAAUCCACAGUUGCGGCGCGAUGACGAUUUGCUUGCGUCCAGUCAAGUGUUGGGAUGGCUGAGCUACGCGCAAAAUCACAUUUUACCAGCAGUCACCGCUUGGGUACUUCCAACACUCGGAGUAUCCGUGUCGAAAGAUAUGAAAGCAAAUUCGAAACUCUCGAAGGAGGAUCUUUUACGCGAUCUGAAAAGAUUGGACGGCAUGUUGCAUAUGAGGACUUACUUGGUAGGAGAAAGAAUCACGCUUGCGGACGUGUCAAUUUUCACCGCAUUGUUGCCACUGUACGAGCACGUGCUCGACCCGCAUCAUAGGAAAUCGUACACGAACUUAAACAGGUGGUUUUCAACGAUCCUGAAUCAACCGCAAGUGACGGCUGUAGUGGGGAAUUUUGCAUUUUGCGCAAAAACUGCGCGCUGUUAACAUUAUCGCGCUAAGGAUCA